AUGCCAGAAUCCUCCAAAGGGACCGGAUCGUCCCGGUCAUCCAAAGUCGCCCAGAAGCCUGGAUAUGCCCAGCAAGGCCAUUCCCUCCAGCAAGAGCUGGUGGUCACGGAUCCUCAGAGGCCCGACGGGAUCGACGAGGAGUUCUGGCGCUCCAUGGUCAACUUCAACUCGGAUAUUGAAGAAGGUCCCUACGAGAUCAUCAUCAGCUGCGACGUCGGGAUGGACUGGCCGGGCCACUACCAGAUAGUCUGCGAGGCGCUCAUCACGAGGCUCGACAUGGACCCCAAGACUGGCGUGCCCGUGCCGAAUCCCCGGCAGCUGUCCAAGAGGCUGACAGGUAUCGCGAAGAAGCCCCGGUCACAGCUGGAUGAGGAGUACCAGGGUUUGGUGUUCAUCGUCUUCCGGUUCCACUUUGAGAGCGGUGUUUACCAGUUCGACGUGCCUAGCUUCCAAAAGCAGGCCAGGAUCAAGGUGCAUAGGAAGGGCAGACUGCCCAAGCCGAUGGUGCGCCGUUAUGGGGGUCUGUAUUACUUGCUCAAGCAUGAUCCGAAUUUUUACGCCGAGUUCACUCAGGUGGAUGUGGCUGAAACAUAUCGGCCGAGGCUUGAGGACUUGGCGGAGAUGCCAAAGGAGAGCUCGAGCAGCAGCUCCGGGAGCGACUCUGGACGUCAGGCCCAGGGUCAGGGCAAGGGCAAGGGCGCAGUUGGUGGGGGAAGGGGUCAGAAGCCUGCCGCCAAGCUGACGGGCACUGGGCAGGUCAAGGCUGUGGACAAGGGCAAGGGAAAGGGCAAGGAGCAGGCCAAGCGUCAGUGA